ACACCUGAAUGCACCGUCCAAGCCCGCACGCUUUAUCUUCGUUGUUUGUUUGCAUAACUCACGGGGAAUGCAUGUUGUCACACCGGUGACUUCAGGAAAGCAGGAGGAGUUUCACGUUCUACUGUUUUUCCUGUUAACUCCGACUCGGGCAGUGGCCAUGGUGUCUGGAAAAGUGCAGCUGAAGGCUACCGGAAACACGUUGUGUAAGUCAGGAAGCGUUGCUGUCUUCGGGAACGUGGUAUACAGCGGACUGCUGAACGAUCACCUCUGGCAUUUGGGAGUGCCCCUCUUUACAAGACUGGGUAACCAAGAGGCCACCAAUCCCCCAGAAGCGAUGGCCCAGCCGUACACCCCAGCCCAGUACCCACCUCCCCCACAGAAUGGCAUCCCCGCAGAGUUUGCGGCACCGCACCCGCUUCCAACCCAGGACUACAGCGGGCAGAGCCGGGUUCCCGAGCACGCUCUGACCCUCUACACGCCCACACAGACACACAGCGAUCCGGCCGGCACUGACAACAGCACACCCGCCAUCACCGCCACCACGACCGCACCGGUCAGUGUCCUUCAUCAUCUGCAAACACUGUUCUCAACACGCUGUCAGCAAACAGAUGAUGUGACGCAAACAGAGGGCUCUCAGCAGCUCCAGCUCCAGCACUCAGACUCUUCAGAGAAGCAGCAGCCGAAAAGGUUACAUGUCUCCAACAUUCCCUUCCGCUUCCGGGACCCUGACCUAAGGCAAAUGUUUGGGCAAUUUGGAAAGAUUUUAGAUGUGGAGAUUAUCUUUAAUGAGCGAGGAUCCAAGGGCUUUGGGUUUGUAACUUUUGAAACAAGCACAGAUGCUGAUCGUGCACGGGAGAAACUAAACGGUACAAUCGUAGAGGGACGCAAAAUAGAGGUGAACAACGCAACAGCACGAGUGAUGACAAACAAAAAAGUGGCCAACCCUUACACGAAUGGCUGGAAGCUGAAUCCAGUGGUGGGAGCUGUCUAUGGUCCUGAACUGUAUGCCGUAACAGGGUUUCCCUACCCUGCCACAGGCGCUACGGUGGCCUAUAGGGGUGCCCACUUGCGAGGUCGGGGGCGGGCUGUGUACAACACAUUCCGCACAGCUCCACCGCCACCACCAAUCCCAGCUUAUGGAGCGGUGGUGUACCAAGAUGGCUUCUAUGGUGCAGAGAUCUAUGGUGGCUAUGCAGCAUACAGAUUUGCCCAGCCCACCACCACCGCUGCUUACAGUGACAGCUAUGGCAGAGUCUAUGCAACAGCAGACCCCUACCACCACACGAUUGGCCCUGCUGCCACAUACAGUGUGGGGACUAUGUAAAUACAAAAGGAAGAGCUGUACUCAGUAUUGAUGGACAUCACAGAUGAAAACAACGAAGAGAGGAGAGCUAGCUUUAAGAAAAUAACACAAGAAGAAGAAGACGAGAAGGAGUCCCUCUACUGAGGCUGGCGGGGGAAGACGGGAGGCGUACAAAGUGGCGCCGCAGCAGCGGUGUCAAACCAGCCACAAACUUGACAGACGGAGUGAGCCAGUUUCCACCAGGGACCACCUUUUUGCCGGAUAGAAAAGACAGAGAGAAUGAAAAGUGUCCCAUUAUUAUAAAACAUUUUAUUUUUCUAUACUUUUGUGAUUUACAAUGGUAAAAAAGUGUGUAUAAAGCAGUAUAUAUGUACAAAUCUGUUUUUAUGUUUUUUGGUAAGGGAGAUGAACAGUUGGCCCUUGAUGCUGAUUCUGUGGUAUGCAGGAAGGAGGAGGGAGGAGCCCCCCCUCCUCUCUCUAUGGCAAACUGCUCUGUCGCCGAGGUCGUGUAAAACAAAAACAUAAACAGAAAGGUGGCAGGGAGAGCUCGGCAUCCAGGCAGAAGCACUUUCUACGCUGUACUUCCUGUGGGUGGAGUCAAAGGUCAGCCUCCUGGUCUCACUGCUCCACCUUCUUCCUUUCAGUCUCCCUGACCUCCUUCCUUCCUUCCUUCCUUCCUUUUUUCGGGCUGGUGAUGUCGCUCCUUCCUCUGCGGUGUCACUGGCCAGCAGCGCCUACUGUUAGCAGCGUCCCCCGUGGAUACUGUCGUGAUGUCACUUUCUCCUGGCAGCACCAUUGGGCAUCCCCGCCCUCCCCAAUGGGCAGCGUCACUGGUUUACAGCGUUGGGGAGUGGGGGGGUGAGCCACGGUGAGAGGGUAUAACGCCGAGCCUCCCCGGUCUGCCCCUCUCCACGCCCCAGCAGAGGUCAAUGACUGAGGACUAGUUAAGAGAAAAUGGCGCAGAAGUCGCCGACUUUACUCACCUGCCAGACUCCGAGCCCAAGCCUUUGUGUCACUCUGCACCGACGGACAAACUAUCAGACCAACAAUGAUAAGGUGCGUACAACUACCAAGGAUGCACGUUUCCACCUGACGAGAAUAACUCAUCAACGUCCAUGUAACAAAUUGAAUUAUAAUCGAAUAAUCCCAUUGUACUACAUCAGCAGGUGCAUAACCAAAACACAAGCCUGAGGCAUAUAGACUAUGUCGCUAGAUAAAAACAUUAUAGAAAUACAGUAGUGCCCAUCCAACGGUAACAAGGAACGAGGGCUGAAAUAUGUCAAUUUUUUUUGUCAAUGUAUUCUGAGAAUAUUUAUUUGUGUGUUUUUGUUUUGUUUUUUGCAGCACUGAAAACUUUUAAAGUGGAAAAAAAGUUUAAAUUUGGUGAAAGCGAAACCUUAAUUCUUUAUAUCAGAAGAGUCACUGUAAACGUGUUUAAACAAGAAUGUUGGUUCAGUUCUUUGAAUGUACAUUAAUGUCUAGGGUGUCCAAUAAGUAUGUAUUCUUUUUCUGUAUAUAAAUAUAUAUACAUAUCUAUUAUAUGGGCUGUGGUGAUGUCAGGGAGUAGAGGGGGUGGGCAGGAAAGCCUCUGGCCCCCGAACAUAGCUAUCAGACCCCCUCCAACUAAAUAUGUCCCUGAUAUUUACUGUAACAUGUGAUCAUGUGUUAUAUGAUUGAAAGUGUGAUGGUGAUAGUGUGAAAUGAUCUCCCCUGAACCCACCCCACCCCCCACCCCCCACCCCCCUUACCACACAAACACACACCCUGUGCUGAUGCUCAUAGAUUGGCAACACAUGCAGAUUUACAAACAAUACUACAUUUUUGCCCCAUCAAAUGCAAAACAUCACAUCCUACUUUUACCCGACAGAGAACCUCAUCUGCAGUAAUUUCAGCCCUUUAUUGGAGUUGGGAAGACUUGCUAAUUAGCGCAAGGUGUUGUGGGUGUCAGAUAAAAAAAGUUUAUGAAUAUUGAUUUUUCUUUCCUUACUUGAACCAAAGUAUGAUUUCAACACAGUCUCAGUGCUCUUUGAUCAGAAGACAGUGAGACUCUGUGAUGACAGCGGAGCCCGGAUGUGUAUUGACGUGACCCAGAUUUCAUUCGCUCAUCACUACUGAGGAAGAGCUCGCUCUUCUGCUAAUAUAAAGGAGCCCCGCUGAUGAAGCCCAGCUCGCAGCUUCCUGCAGCAGGCUUAUGAACUGCUGUUCUCAUGCUGACCCUGGUGGGCAGGCUGCUUUAUUGCGUAUUGGAAAUAACCUGCUGGCUCUGAAAAGAAAGUUGUUGUUUUUAUCAGAGGCGAGCAGGUUCGGGUGAAGCACAACUUUGUUUGAGAGUUCAGGGUACACUACUUACCAGUAGUGGUUUUGUGUGAAUUGCUAGAAGGUUAAGCUCCUGACUUCCUGUAAAAAACUACAGUGUGUACUGUUAAUAUCCUGUACAGUAAAUCUCACCUCACACUUCUUGAUUAACUUAAUCUUAUUUCAGGUAAAAAAAAAACUAAAAAAAACGUUCUGAAUCAGGGCUCCUACCCACGCGACCUCUGUUCAUCUGUAGACAGCUUCUCAUAUAUUACAAAGAGUAUCUAUAUCAUGGCAACUAACUGUUGUGAAGUCUAAUUGGGGUAAAGUCGGUCAUUUGUUCUCCCAUGCAGCUAUCACAUGCAGGCUUAGCAUUUUUAUACAUGUAGGUUUGUUUCUGAGAGUCACAUGAUUCAUCUGGCCUACUUACAGCGCUACAGACUUGUGGUGGGUCAGAAACAACUCAGGAGCAGGUUGGAGCUUUACUUUGACAGGAACUUCCUGGGAGGCAAAAAUCUGCUUAAAUCUGGAGUUAACUGGCAGAGAUGAACCACAGCUUUUAUUUUUUUUUGCUCUUUAUCAUUAAGGUUUGAUCCACUGAAUGAUCUAUGCACUCUGCAACAAAAACAGAUAUGAUGUCAUGUGAAGACACCACUAUUAUCUACUUAUUCUAGUUAGCAAGUAGUUCAUAAAAUUGUAGGAGUGUGGCUGGCGCUAUUUUAUAUUUUUAUUGCAAAAAAAACCCAUGAAAACAACAAAACCAACAAUGCAUUGGUCCGCCUCUUGAUACUUUGAUUUCCUGUGUCUGGCUCACAGCUACAAGCCCAUUGGUUCCCACUGAAGAUGUGAUAUGUGUCGAGAACGCUUACUAAGCAAGAGCCAAUGGACGAGAAAGCAGCUUGCUUACUUUAAAAGUGUUUUUGUUGUUUUGGUACAAACUGGGGGGAAAAUGCAGUCCAGCCACAUUAAAGCUGCAGUAGUAAGAAUUUGUUUUGGGCACUUGGGGACAGAAGAAGUCAGAAACUACAAAACAAGAGAGUCAGCUCCUGUUCUCUUAGCUUUCAUUGCAUUACUGUAUAAAACAAAGAUUCCAUUUUGUUAGCAUUCCACAACCUCAGCUCCCAUAAGGCUUUGAUAGUGCUUCUCUGGCUAAGCCUCAUGGGAGCUGUAGUUGAAUACUGACAGAAUAAUCACUUAAACACACCUGAGAUUGUAUUGCCUUCAAAUUUUCUGUGGGUUCAAGAAAAUGUGUAACCUGUUUCACAUCAUAUUUUAAACCAUUGUCAAU